AUGUCGCCGAAUGUAUGCAGCUUAGAACGUCGAGAACGAUCACUCACUUCUCAAGUUCUGGCCUGGUGUGCAAUGAUUCUUGUUGUCGCAAUCGCACAAACUUCGUGCAAGGAUGUUGAUGGCAGAGAUAGUUCAUCCCACUCAGUGGUGCUUGCCGAGGCUGAAUUUGAAACGCAUCCGACAGGCUCGCAUAAAAAUUCCAUAGUCGUCCAUAUUUACGCCCAUGAUAUUAAGGGUAGUCCUUCCAGUCUACUAGCCAAUGAAACAAUUAAAAUUGAGGAUAUCUACAGCGGUGUAUCUAAUGUAUAUUAUAAGUUGAAAAGACCCAUUAUUGUGAAGAUAGUAAACUACCUUCCUCUUCUGAAGUACCCUAUGAAAUACACACACAAGCCAAGAAUGGCAUAUUACCGAGAAGUCUGUUUUUUGUUUCAGUCUGUAAACAACUAUGUUUAUGAAGAGAUUAUAACCAAAGAUAACACAGAGCAGUAUACUGGAUGUGAUCCUGAAUCAUUAUGUACAUCAAAUAUGCACAGAAACCUUGUGUUGAAGGGAUUCUGUUGUUUUUGUGAAGACACUAAACAACUUAUCAACUCUAAGUAUCAUAUCAGAGGUGGCCAAGACUGUUCUGUUGUAGAUGUACCAGACUAUAUUACAAACAAAUCCAUGUACCAUGCAAGUACACACUGUCUUAAGUCUGAUAAUCUUUGGUAUCAAGUUUACAGUAUAGAUCUUCCUGUUGUAGAACACAAGGCAUUAGUUACUAUUGACACUAUGAAUGCAAACAUUGACUUAAAUGGAGUAGUUGAUGUGAAAGAUGUCCUCACUACGAUAUUGAUUGGCACAGCGUCCAAGAUGCACAAUAAUGAGGUUGUUAUCAGCUAUUCCAGCAACUUUGAUCAUGUGUUGGAUAAUCCAUUUGCAGAUAAAUAUAUUCUAGCAGCUGAUCCCCAUUAUCCUGUUGAAAAUGGCGAUCCACAAACUAAACUUGGAGCUUAUGAAUAUUUAGUAGUUGAUAAAUCACACAUUACUUUUAAUGGUAGUGAGUGUAAUAAAGUGGGCGUGUCCUACCCAGCAUUCAUGAAUAAAGACAAUGCAUGUGGUGAACGUUUGAUGAGUUGUCUGGAUAACCAGCCAUAUCAUUUAUGGUUUUAUGACACUAAUAAAGUGGUUCAGAAUAAAAAGGGCAAGUACUUCGCUGGAUUCUAUGGACACCUUGUAGAAGUAGAGUCAGACUGGCAACAUUUAGUAUAUACAUAUACCAAAAACUAUUCCUAUACUCUUAGGUUAGAGUUAGAAGUGAAGAAAACACAUGAUUUAAAUAUUAGACAAGGAGAAAAUCAAGUCUCAUUUGAAGAAGUUUCAAAUCACCAUGGUAACAAAGAUUCAGAAAAGAAAAAUGUGAAAAACAGAGUGCAUGUCACAAUGCUUGAUGAGAUACUUGUGUAUGAUGACAAGGAGAAGGAGACAAGUCAAGAUAACACCAACCAACUCAGUGAUGCUACAAAACAGUUUAUAAAUGGGUUUGUAAUAAUUCUAAAGGAGAAUUUGACAGGUUUUAAUUACAAGGCUGAGGUUUACUGGUGUCUUGUUGGUGGAGGCAUUAUAAGCAUGCUAGUUCUUCUGCUUGUAGUUAAACACAGAAGAAGAAAAUCUGAGAAGGUACAAGUCCCGGUACAGAAUAUGUCAGAAAAAGAACAUAUUAUUGGUAAAAUGGAAAAUAGUAGCAAGACGUUUGACCACAUAGAAGAUGUUUUCUCAGAUGAAGAAGUCCAACCUGCAGCAAAAAAUUCACGAAAAUCAAGUAGAAAAUCCAAACGCAAGAGUAAAUCAGAAACUGAUGUGAAACCAAUCAUUGUACCAAAUGCUACAAAAAUGUCCACAGAAUCAAAUUCAAGUACAUCCUACAACAUAACAGCUAAAAACAACAAAACAAGAGGCAGAGUGAGAACGAGUGGUACACCAAGAAUCCUUCCAGUUUAUAUCAACUUACAUGGACCGGAUGAUAUUUUACAAAAUUCUGGUAAAGAAUUUAGCUUGUGUGGCGUAGUGAUCAGAACUAAAAGUAAGAAAACUCCAUAUAGAUUUGAAAUUGGUGAAAAUACUGUACAGAUAUUUGAAAUUAUUAAAGGUGAAAAGAAAAGACGAAGUAAAGUUUUCAUCAUUGAUCCAAAACAUUUUACAAAGUUGUUAUAA